AUGGCCGCCCGACCCGCCACGGGCAUCGCUGCGCAGCUCGAGGAGCUGCAGCGCAAGUACCGAAUCAUGGAGUGCGACCGCAAGUCGUACGCGGAGGAGGUGGAGGCCGUGCUGCGCAAACAAAAGCUGCAAAACGAGAAGCUGCGCCGUGAGAGCCAAUCUCUCAAGGCGGAGCUCUCUCUGGAGGCGCGCGCCGCGUCGGCGAGCGAAACUGCGGUGGCCUCCGUCAAGGAGACGCAGGUGCGGGACCUGAUCAAGGAGGUGGGGAGGCAGAUCGACGCGGAGAAGCAGCGGGGAGAGAAGCUUGACGCCCGGCUCAAGUCUCUCCGUGACCGUUCGCUGCAGGAGCGCAAGGAGAUGGGUGGACACAACGCACCGGCCGAGCACACCAUGUCCACGGACAAGUGCAUCAAGGCGCUCGAGCGCAGGUUGCACCAAUCUCUGAUCAAGUUCAACGAGGCGAUCACCGCCAACAAGGAGCUGCGGGCGCAGAUUGACGACCUACGGCGCGAGCGAGUCGUCUUUGACGGGGUGCACAGGCGGAUGCAGAACGAGCUGGCCGAGCGGAAGCGGCGGAUGGCCGACAUAAUUGAAGCGGCCAAUGCCGCCUUUGAGGCGCGCGAUAAGGCGCAUGGCAGCGCCGCCUCGCUUCGACUCAUCGCGGAGCGUGAGCAGCUUGACUUUGAAGCGCAGUGGAAGAAGAUGGGGCUGCAGGCGCGCUAUCGGAGCGCGCCCCAAGCCGCUGUCGCAGAAGAAGCUCGGCGGGGGCUGGCAAGCGUGGGUCGCAUCGAGCCGUACGAGGAGGCGUUCUCGCAGAUUCGCAGCGCGACCGGCAGCUCGGACAUUGACGCGUUGGUGGAGGCCUUCAUCGCCAAAGAGGACGCCAACUUCAAGGCGUACAACUACCUGAACGCCCUCGCGGCCGAGGUGGAGAGGAGCGAGGAGGCGGUUGCCGCGCUGCACGGCGAGGCGGAGAGCUUCCGCGGCGCCGAUCGCGGCGCAAGCUCACAGCGCAGGCGGCUGGUGACGGAGCUGUCCGACCAGGCCGCCGAGGGCGAGGCCAAGGCGGAGCAGCUGUCGGAGUCGAGCCGCAAGCUCAGCGGCGCCAUCAGCUCGAUCUGCAAGAUUGCGCACCGACUCGUGGGCAGGACCUGCAGCGACAGGGACCUCAACAAGAUUGGCGGCUGCGACGAAAACUCCCUGAUGCUGUUCAUGGGGAUGAUUGAGCACGCGGCAAACGAGACGCUCGGCCCCGCCGCUCUGGACGCGAGCGCCGGCGCUCCACGCGGCGGGCCGUCUGCAAAGGCGGUGACGUCGACCAUGGUGCUCGGUGCGGAGAGGCUCCACUCCGACUCGGACGAAGAGGCGGGAGUGCCACUUUCCCGCAACGAGCUGCAGCUGCGAACGAUGAGAGGCAUCGAGAGGCGCGAAGCGAAGCCGGCCGCGAGCAGGCGCGGAAGCGAGGCGGGCCAGCAGCGGCGGCAGCCCAAGGGGCAUCGCGGAUGUUGA